CUUCACCCGGGAGUGUGUCACAAGCCCUGCGGUGGGCACCGAACACCCCUGGGAGUACCAAGUGGGAUGCCGUUCGGACAGUCGCGCUAAGUGACACCACACUGGGCACAGAGCGCUCUAGCUCCUGGCCACCGUCUGAGAGGCGGCGGCGGAGGUGAUGAGCACCGGACGCGCAAAGCGCCUACCGCGAGCUAUCCCCGGGAGGUGGACGCCGAACAGGGCUCCUCGCAGGACCGUGCGGAUCUUUACCUCCCCUGGCACGAGGUGGAGAAACCUCCCGGCUGCGCCUCCGGUCAGGAUGCUCUGGGCAUCUCUCUGCUGCUGAGAUGUUCAGUUACGCGGUUCUGACAUCCGCAGCCCGGGUCUCAGGUGGGCACAACUGAGUGUGGGCCCGGCUUCGGCCCCUCGUGCAGGUGGAUGAAAAGUGCCGGAGGCCUUGUAUGGGAUCAGCGAUCAGAUUUUAAGAGCCAUGGACGAAGGGGCUGUGCAGUCCCCGGCCCAAGAGCAGCUGGAGGCACCUGCGGGGGUAGGAGCUGUCCACGAGAAGUGCGAGUCAGAGACCUUCAGGUCUAAGAGUUUACCGGUCCUGCACAGCGCCUCCUGCCGGCCGAAUCUCAGUGCUGGGAAUGUAGAUGGCGAACUGGCCUCGGGCUGCACUGAAUCUUUGGGCCACCAGGAGAUGCAUGGAGGAGGGAACCUGAUCGUCCCUAGUCCCUCUGCCCCAUCCACUUCGGCAGGGACUACAGCGGAAGUCGUGGACUGUAACCACAGGAUGGAUCCCAGCAAAACUAUGUCAUUGUCUUCUACUCUGGCCACACUCCAGGAGAGAAGGUGUCUCUAUGUGGUCCUUACGGAUUCUCGCUGCUUCCUAGUGUGCAUGUGUUUUCUGACCUUCAUCCAGGCGUUAAUGGUUUCUGGGUACCUGAGCAGUGUCAUCACGACCAUUGAAAGGCGCUAUAGCCUGAAGAGUUCCGAGUCCGGGCUGCUGGUCAGCUGCUUUGACAUAGGGAACCUGGUGGUGGUGGUGUUCGUCAGCUACUUCGGUGGCCGUGGGCGAAGGCCUCUGUGGCUGGCGGUGGGUGGACUUCUUAUUGCAGUUGGGGCUGUGCUCUUCGCCUUACCUCACUUCAUCUCGCCUCCCUACCAAAUCCAAGAGUUGAACACGUCGGUCUCCAACGAUGGCCUUUGUCAGAAUGGCAACUCCACGGCCACCUUGGAGCCUCUUCCCUGUCCCAAGGACUCGGGAGGAAAUAAUCACUGGGUGUAUGUAGCUUUAUUCGUUUGUGCGCAGGUUCUCAUUGGAAUGGGCUCCACACCGAUUUACACCCUGGGACCAACCUAUUUAGAUGACAACGUCAAGAAAGACAACGCAUCCUUGUACCUAGCCAUCAUGUACGUCAUGGGAGCACUUGGCCCCGCAGUAGGAUAUUUACUUGGUGGCCUACUCAUUGGUUUUUAUGUCGAUCCCAGAAAUCCUGUUCUCCUUGAUCAGAACGACCCUCGUUUCAUCGGAAACUGGUGGAGUGGAUUCCUCCUUUGUGCCAUUGCAAUGUUUCUUGUGAUAUUCCCAAUGUUUACUUUUCCAAAAAAGCUUCCACCUCGACACAAGAAAAAGAAAAAGAAAAAAUUUUCUGCUGAUGUGGCUAGUGAUGAUGACGUCAUCAAGGAGAAAUCAAACACGAGUGAACAAGUGAACCAAAAAGUGUCUUCAAUGGGCUUUGGAAAGAAUGUCAGAGACCUACCAAGAUCAGCUGUCAGGAUCUUAAGCAACAUGACAUUCCUUUUCGUGAGUCUGUCGUACACAGCCGAGAGUGCCAUUGUCACGGCUUUCAUUACCUUCAUCCCCAAGUUCAUCGAGUCACAGUUUGGUAUCCCAGCUUCCAAUGCCAGCAUCUACACUGAAUGGUCUCUCUGUGUCCAUCCACUAGAGACAUUCUAUCGUAUGGCAGCUGAAAACUGCCACGGUGUCAUCAUUGUCCCCAGUGCUGGUGUUGGCAUCGUCCUGGGAGGCUACAUCAUAAAAAAAUUGAAGCUUGGUGCAAGAGAAUCCGCCAAACUAGCAAUGAUCUGCAGCGGGGUGUCUUUGCUAUGCUUUUCAACCCUGUUUAUUGUUGGAUGCGAAAGCAUCAAUCUAGGAGGCAUAAACAUCCCUUACACCACAGGACCUUCACUCACCAUGCCUCAUAGGAAUCUGACAGGAAGCUGCAAUGUUAAUUGUGGUUGUAAAAUACAUGAAUAUGAGCCAGUCUGCGGAUCAGAUGGAAUCACAUACUUCAACCCGUGCCUGGCUGGCUGUGUUAACAGUGGCAAUCUUAGCACAGGGGUUCGGAAUUACACAGAGUGCGCCUGCGUCCAAAGCCGACAAGUGAUCACCCCGCCCACGGUGGGUCAGCGCAGCCAGCUCCGCGUGGUCAUUGUGAAAACCUAUCUCAAUGAGAACGGCUACGCUGUGUCUGGGAAGUGCAAACGCACCUGCAAUACCCUCAUCCCCUUCUUGGUCUUCCUUUUCAUAGUUACCUUCAUCACAGCCUGUGCCCAACCAUCAGCCAUUAUAGUAACACUCAGGUCUGUGGAGGAUGAAGAAAGACCCUUUGCGCUGGGAAUGCAGUUUGUUUUGUUGCGAACACUUGCAUACAUUCCUACUCCAAUUUACUUUGGAGCCGUGAUUGACACCACCUGUAUGCUCUGGCAGCAGGAAUGUGGCGUGCAGGGGUCUUGCUGGGAGUACAACGUGACGUCGUUUCGUUUUGUCUACUUCGGUUUGGCAGCUGGCCUCAAAUUUGUUGGCUUUAUUUUUAUUUUCCUGGCCUGGUACUCUAUCAAAUACAAAGAGGAGGAACUGCAGAGGCGGAGGUGCAGAGAAUUCCCGCUGAGCACUGUGAGUGAGCUAGUGGGCCAGCCCAACAAAGCUGAGAAAUAUGCCCGGACUACAUCAUGCCCGGCCUUCAGCACCCAGGGGGAAUUCCACGAAGAAACUGGUCUGCAGAAGGGAUUCCCAUGCACCACACAGACCUAUCCUGGUCCUUUCUCAGAAGCAAUAAGUUCCUCUGCAGACCCUGGGCAGGACGAGAGCCCCAAUUCUGCUCUGUAGCGUCCCUGCUGAAGCCUGGAAAAGGAAGACAUGUUUUGUUGGUUGAGUUGAAUAUGGCGAGUUGAGAAACACCUGUGCCUUCUUACUUCCUUUCUUAAACCUCUAUAGACACAGUCCUCAAACCAACGAAACUCAGUAUACACAGCCACUACCGAUUGAGGGCUGGAUACCUCAACAAGACUGGAAGCCUUUCCCCUCUGUUUUUUCAGGGAGGAGCUUAGAUUCAUCUGUUACCACUUCUGCUGGGUUCAUUUAAUGCUCCCGUUCCCAUUUGGUAGAAGCCUGGUCCAUGGUUAGUCUUGGGAAAGGCUAUGACCACGCAUAUCAUUAGCAUACACUCCAGAGAAAGGUGAGCUUGACCAUGACUUUGCAUUCGCAAGUCGGGGUUCUUUAGAUUUGAACACCUACUGUGAGUUCUGCUUCAAAGCACAAUAGAAUUUGCCUCAACUAUGCAACUGGAUUGGAAGAAUAGAAGUGUGCCAUGCUUCUUUGGCUUUCAGAGAGCAGAGCAGAUGUGUUUUUGAUGAGUGGAAGCUGAAUGUUCCCUAAAGCACUGUUAACAGCCUUUUAAGCCAUAGCAGACCUAUCAAUCAGGUAGAAAAAUUCCAAAUGCUUCAAAGAACUGUAUACUGCAUUGUAAGGAAUGACAACAGCAUUUCCUAAGAUAUAUUUUUCCUCUUAGUCUGUUUACUCCAUCAUAAGGUAGAUCAAGUGGCUGCUGAAUCAUACAUCUGAUAGCUUGAAUAUUUAAACUACAGUAUUCUUUCAUAAGGGGCUUUAAAACUAGUGUGCUAAACAAUAUGGCUAGAAACUGUAUUUUGAGAUGCUUAAUAAGGAAGAAGAUGAUGGCUUUCUUAUCUGAGGAAAUGGCUGUAAAAAUUCACCUCCUCAGGGCCCACUAAAAGUAGCUGAGAGUUGCUACUACCUUGACAUUCAAAGUAGUUGAUGAAGAAAUUCCCAGGGUAAGAUUGAGUCCCCACUGGGGAUUUCACUUAUACCCUCAACAUACUGGCAAAUCUCUACUGAUUUUUUUCUGUAUAGGAAAUGCCAUGGUUGCUUCAGAAAAUGAAUAGUUCAGUCGGGAAAGCUAUAGCAUAUGAAAAUCACUGCAGAGGAGAUGGGAGAGUUGUCAGCUGAACACAGAAUAUGAUCCUACAUUAGGUCAUGAGUUAGAAUGGUAGAGCAAAUGACUCUACCAUCCUGAAUCCGGCUUUCUCAGAGCUAGUCAUUUCACAGCACCCUUUGCAUCUCUGUACUCAUAUCCUUCCUGCAGUGAUUCUGAGAGAGGAUAUUGCCCUUCCUAAAGACACCUUGGGUUUGUUGACAGUCAUUCAUGGACAGUGCUAUCGCUUGUCUUAGGACUACUUGGGAGGCUUUGUGUCUGGGACUCAAGAUUGAGGGCUCUUGACAGUCUUCCUGCAUGGGAUGGUAACUCAUGGGAUCUGGCUGCAAGGGACCAAAAGGCCCAAUGUAUCAUAAAGUUGAGACCUCUCUGUCGAGUAACUCAUGCCACGUAAGAUGAACUCAGGAAGUGUUUCCUCAUCUGGAAGAGAGAUGGCUGGCAGACUGGCUGUGAUCCAGACUUUGCACCUACAUUCUUGGAAGGCCACUCAAGUAGAACUGUUCCUAGGUACAGGAUUGAUUUCCUGCCCAUGGAGCAAGGCCACCAGUCAAGUGAUUUUUCUGGAGACAUGGAGUUUGUGGGGGAGCAAUCACUAUUUUACUGAAUAAUGUCUGUAUGUAAUAGAGCUGGUAGUGCCUGGGUGAGAAGGACUUUGCUUGGACUCCUGGGCUUGGCUGUCAUGGAGGUGGGCAGUGAUGCUCAGCUAAGGCUGUCACUGCUGCGUGUCAGAUUUUGUCCAGUGUAGCAACCAUGAAAGCUUUUCAUAAAAUAGUGCAGAUUAGCUAAGGGUGUACUUUGGGGACUCAGCAUCCCUCUUAUACAUCUGUGGAUGAUCUUAAGCCUUUAGAAGGGACAGUUUCCUUUGGUGUUGAUGCUAAGAUGUGUAGGUUAUGGAGAACUUGUGCUUUCUUAAUUUUUAUGUGAUAAUCUAGACAUUAUAUUAAGAGACUACUGGUAGAAUUGGUCCUGGUUUGGUAUUAAGACGGAUGGAUUCACCAGGGGUAAUUAGAAAGGCCCUAAUGCCUUUCUUCCUUGAAUUCAGUUCAGCAAUUGCUGCCCGGGUACCAGUUAUGUGUUGAUCCCAUUUACUGCUCUAUGAGAUCCUUUGAGAUGCUGAGGCCAGAACUCAAAGACAUUGACAUGGGAUGUGCACUACCAUAUGUGACUAGAGUUCCUGGUACUAUGAAUAGCAGAUGUGUUGUCAAUGUGCCGUUGGUGAAUGUAGAGUAAGUAGUGAAAGUCAGGGAAUGAAGUCCGGGUUAUGUUCCAAGUAAGGAUUGCUCCCCAAAUGUGUAGGCUCUGGCAGCAGCAUCAGACUAUUACAUAGCCAGUGCGGUGACUAUUUUGUAGUUAGUACCACCCAGUUGUACAUAUGGAAGAGGUCUUCUGUGUUUCUAGUAACCUGGUUGCAUUCCUUGUAGUCACAGCUCCUAACAGAAAAUUUCAUUGCUGCUCUCUGUGCAUAGGCUUUGAAUUACUUGUUUUGACAAAAGGACACCUUGUUCUGUCUUCAGCUCUAUAAAUUAAUGUGUUGUUGGGCUUUAAUAUGCAAAUAUAAUAUCCAGCUCAUUGAUUUAGAAACUCUCAAGGGCUGAGGGAAGAGGGUGUUGAAGAACAUAUUUUAAUGAUUUUCUUCCUUUGUGUGAUGUCUUGUUCCUUGGAGAUGGAGUUAAUUUU